AUGUCUCUCCGCUUCACCCCCGCGACAUCCCACGCCUCCUACACCGACAAUAACACUGGCCGCAAAUAUGGUUCUAAUAUCACAGCGCCCCAUCCCAGCAAAGGCGCCCCUUCAGCUCCCGGUCUCCCCGACACCCUCCGCAACAACAUUACCCUGCAAGCGCCCCGCGGCUCUCCCAGCUCCAACGCCAACAACGUCCCUACAUCCGCCCAUCCGCUCGAAGCUCGUUUACUGGCAUGGCGCGAAACCCAGGAUGCAAUGAAAAUGGAAGGUCUCCGUCGGGUAUACGGCAUGGCAGAACCCAUUCGUCGAGGAAUGGAGCUCAAGAUUGUGCGGGAUAGUAGCUUUACGCCUAUGAUGCUUGGUGGACCGCGUCGGAAUGGUGGGAAUUUGCAUGAGGAUAUUUUGGUUUUGGGGGGCAGGGAUGCAGAGAUUGGGUGGGAGGAUGUUUUUAACGGAGAUGAGUUCCGUGAACCACCCAGUAUUCAUGAUGAGAUGGAGAAGAGACUUAAGAUGGAUUGGUAG